GCGGAGCCCCCCGGCCGAGGCGCGACGAUGGAGGAGACGCAGCGCGCGCGCUCGCACACCGUCACCACCACCACCAGCUCCUUCGCCGAGAACUUCUCCACCAGCAGCAGCAGCUUCGCCUACGACCGGGAGUUCCUCCGCACCUUGCCCGGGCUGCUCAUCGUGGCCGAGAUCAUCCUGGGACUGCUCGUAUGGACCCUGAUCGCGGGAACAGAGUACUUCCGGGUGCCUGCGUUUGGCUGGGUCAUGUUUGUAGCUGUGUUUUACUGGGUCCUCACCGUCUUCUUCCUCAUCAUCUACAUAACAAUGACCUACACCAGGAUUCCCCAGGUGCCCUGGACAACUGUGGGCCUGUGCUUCAAUAGCAGUGCCUUCAUCUUGUACCUCUCGGCCGCAGUCGUGGAUGCCUCCUCUGUCUCCUCGGAGAAAAACAGCCACAACUUCAACAGCUGGGCAGCCUCCUCGUUCUUUGCCUUCCUGGUCACCAUCUGCUAUGCUGGAAACACAUACUUCAGUUUCAUAGCCUGGAGGUCCAGGACCGUACAGUGAUUUGCCAUGUUGAGAAUUAAAGGAGAAAAACAGACAAAGACUGGAAGAAUCUCACUGUAAAAACAAUUGUAGGUAUAAUGUAUAUUUCCAGAGAAUUGUAUUUAACUAAUGUUUUGAUGUACUUAGUUCAAAGUGCUCACAGUGGUUUGUUACACUUAAACUUAGAUGCUUCUUUGCAGAGUGCUUCCAGUGAACUCCUACAUUCCUUCUUGAUGUCUUAUUUUCUUGGAUAAUGUAUAAAUAGGUAAAUUGCUAAUACUAAGAAUGUGUCAUAGUUUGUAAAACCUAACUUCGAAAAUGCCAGUUUCUGUGUUGGAUUAAAUAUUUUGAAACCCUG